UGCGAACCAUAACACUCGCUGCGGGGUGUUUUAUUAUCGUCUCCUCCUCCUCCUUUCGCCGCUCUCACCAAACAUCUCUCUAAAACUAUUUCUCUCUCUCUCUACACUGAGUCAAACGGAGGAGGACGAUGAUGAAGGCUUCCGUCAAAGGCAAGUACGAUGGCGGUAAGAGCACUGGAGUAGGCUCAGUGGCCUUCAACGCCGGCGACAUAAAGCUACGCGCCACCAUGACCGAUGCAACCUUCGUCGCUGGUCCUACCUUGAACGGCCUCUCUCUGGCCGUGGAGAAGCCUGGUUUCUUCAUGGUCGAGUAUAACGUCCCUAAGAAAGAUGUUAGGUUUCAGUUCAUGAACACGGUGAGGGUUGCUGAGAAGCCAUUGAAUCUGACUUACAUUCAUAGCAGAGCUGAUAACAGAACAAUCGUGGACGGGAGCCUUGUGGUUGAUUCUGCGAACAAAGUCUCUGCUAAUUACAUGGUGGGAACAAACAACUGUAAGCUUAAGUACACUUAUGCGCACGGAAGGGUUGCUACAUUCGAGCCUUGCUACGACUUUGCCAAGAAUGCUUGGGAUUUUGCGGUUUCUAGGAGAGUUUAUGGAGAUGAUGUUGUCAAGGCCACUUAUCAAACGUCUACUAAGUUGCUUGGUGUGGAAUGGUCAAGGAACUCCAAAUCCACUGGAUCUUUCAAGGUAUGUGCGUCUGUGAAUUUGGCGGAGGAAGUGAAAACGCCGAAAUUGAUAGCAGAAACAACUUGGAACCUUGAAAUCUAAUGCCCUUUACGAUUAUUCAAGUUUCCACCUGAAUUGUUCGCUUGUUACCAACGAUUUUAAUUGCACCUUUUAGCCAACCUUUUUUGGUCAACAUGACAACGCCCUCAUGUGUCUGGUAAUUUUGUCUCUCUCAUGAAAAAUAAUUUGUUGCAAGGGAAAAAUGUACCCCUAAACCUCUUUUGAAUGCGUAAUAAAAAUCUGCAAAUGGUUCUUAAAAA